AUGAACCCAAACGCCCCUCGCGGCGCCCCGAACGAAGUUCGCGCCCUCCACCUCGCGAUCAACGUCAUGGCGCAUUGCCACAGCAGCGCGACGGUGGAGAUCGGGCACACCCGCGUGAUCGCCAUCGUGCGGCCGCCGAAGCAGCUCACGCAGGAAUACCGCGGAACGCGAGGGCGGGUUUCCUGCCAGGUCCACGCCGCCCCGCGCGGACUCGAGGCCGCCACCUCAGGCCUCCUCAGCUCUCCGAACGAGAGCGGCCCCGCCUGUAAGGAUCUCGCGCUCGCCUUGGAAGGGGUGGCGGAGCAGGCGGUGAUGCUGGAAAGCGUUCCCCAACUCCUCAUCGAGGUCGUGAUGGAGAUCGCCCGCGACGAGGGAGGGGUGUGGGAUGCCGCGACGACCGCGAUGUCGGUUGCCCUCGCCGUAGGGGGGUUUGAGAUGCGCAGUUUAUUCACCGCCUGCAGCGCCGGGCUGCUCGAGGAUGGAUCGCUUAUGACGGACCUCGACGCCGCGGAGGAGCAGCGGGCGCUCGCCCUGACGAAGGUCUGCGUGGCUCUCGGAACGGGGGAUAUCUACCUGAUGCAGCACCGCGGUUGCUGUGAGGUGAGCACGCUCGCCCAGUUAUCGCAGUCCGCCAUCGACGGUGCCUUCGCACGCAAGGCGGCCAUCGUGCAACAGGUAAAGGAAAUGUGCGGUUAUACCACGCACUAA